AUGGCCAACGACACCAGUGGCAUUGACUUCGGGAAUGAGAGAGCUAAAGACGCUCUCCGGAUAGUCUUGGACAUUGUCCACGGCAAAGAGGUAGUGAACUAUGAAGAUUUCAGCCCUCGCCUUAUAUUCUACAUUCUCGAAGUUCAUGCCUGGUUGGGACACCCGAAAACCACUUACAGCUGCUAUAUGGAUCCAACAAUGGUCGGAACUCAAGGAGCACCAUCCUCUACGUUUUUCGACAAGGACGCCAUCUCAAGGGGUAUCUUUGACAUGGCAAGAAAGGCUAAGUAUUUGUAUCGGGUGAAAGACUGGCUCCUUCUGGCUCCUGUAGCCGAAAAGCUAAGACUUCAAGACGUUAGGCAAUUGAUCCUUGACAACUUAUGCCUUUUCUGCAGAGCCGAUAAGAGAGAGUUGCCCGAAGAGGUAAGGGAUUGCAUCGAGGAUAGGGACUGGGCCAAGAUACAGGACCUUGGACUUAUUGACAAUAAAUUGCUGAACAAGCGUGAGUUUUAUGUCGAAAACAUCAUCAAGGGGUUACGUCUUCUUUCCCACCAAGUCCUCUACAUGGAGGGAGGCAUUCUUCCCACCGGAAAUAUAUUUAAUACCUAUCAAGACUAUAGAGUUGCAGCAUGUUCCUACUGUCGAUCGCUUUCUUGUGACGAAUUUCAACGGGAGCUCAUCUCAGCGCGGUUAUGGCCGCUGUGCGCUGAGGCUUACCAAGAUCGCAUCAUUGAUCUACUUCACGCAAUAAGGGAUAUGGAAGAAAGGACUCUUGUUGGAAGAGACUGCAACCAGUUAACCCAUCUAUACGAUCACCUACGGAUGAUGUGUACCGAACCGGAGCGUUAG